AUGGCCCUCACCAAAGCUAUCACUCACCUCCUCUGUUUCUCCACAGAAUCAGUGGCACAGCUCAUCCAAGCCAGCAACACCACAGUCACAGAACAUAAGGACCCUGCCAUCCUGACCUGCAUCACAAAUGACACUGGGAUCUCCAUCUACUGGUUCUUCAGUGGCCAGAGUCUACUGCUCACAGAGAGGAUGAAGCUGUUCCCAGACAAUAGCACCCUUACCAUAGACCCCGUCAGGAGGGAGAAUGCUGGGGAUUAUCGGUGUGAAAUCUCCAACCUGGGCAGUACCAACAAAAGUGACCCUCUCAGGCUGGAUGUGAAAUGUAAGUGA